GCUUUUCUGGUUUUGGGAGCAAAGGCGAACCCUUCACUGGUUUUUUUUUUUUUUCACUUUGCUUCAUCAAUGAAGUUCCUCUUUCGAUCCGUUUCCGGUUACAACAGGCCUCUGCUUCAAGCUCUUGGUGGCCGCCAGUUUUCGGAUGUAACAGCACUAAAAUCCAAACGAAACUAUGCUGAAAAUGUCUCUGAAUACAACACUGUUCUCACUUCUCUUGUCUCUAAACGAAGGAAUUUUCUGUUGAGGGAUGUUUAUGAUGAUAUGAUGCUGGAUGGGGUACAGCCAACUAGAGAUACUUUCCAGGCUUUGAUUAUAGGAACCAUGAGAGGGGCACGCCUGCAAGAUGCUUUAUAUUUCAGAGAUGAAAUGAAGGCCAUGGGAUUGGUCCCUGAGGUUGCUUUGUACAACCAUUUGAUCUCAACCUGUGGGAAAUGCAAGAAUUCUGACCUAGCAAUUCAGAUUCUGGAAGAAAUGAAGAGAUACGAUGUGAAGCCUAAUGGACAAACUUAUGUUGCUUUACUUAAUGCAUGUGCAGCAGCUGGACGAUUAGAUCGAGUGUUAGCAAUAGUCCGUGAUAUGACUGCUGCUGGUGCUGCAUUGAACAAGUACUGCUAUGCUGGACUUAUAACUGCACAUAUGAACAAGAUGCCUAGAGCAGAUGAUAUAGCAACAAAAAUUAUUGAGUUUGCCGAGCAGUCGAAAGGAUGGUCUUCUGUUGAAGCGUCAACUGGAAAUGCUGCAAAUCUGAUGGCUGGCAUUCCUGAAGAAGAGUUAUACAACCUACCUACUGCUGACUUUGUUCAUAGGCGUGGUUUCUUAAACAGGCAGCUAACUGUGUACCAUGUUGCAUUUCAUGCUUGUGCAGACCUUAAGAAUGUAGAGGCUAUUGAAACUUUACUGGAGAUGCUCAAGAAGGAUCAUAAAACUCCGGACACCUUUAUUGUCUGGAAAACUAUGAGAUGCUAUUUGCAUGCUGGAGACAUUGACCAUGGUGUUCGAAUUUUUGAAGACUACUUAAAUGGAGGGAGGCCUCCUACAGUGGAACUUUAUGCUACACUUGUUGAGGGAGCCAUGGUUGGGUAUACUCCCAGAGGAAUGCAACUUGCUCAAGAAACACUGGGCAAUAUGGCAUCUAGGAACUUCUUCUUGAGCCCUAAAAUGGGAAGUGAUCUCCUCCUUGUAGCUGCUGGUGAGAAGACUGGUGGAUAUACAAAUGCAAACUAUAUAUGGGAUCUGAUGCAGGCUCGUAGUAUAGUUCCUACUCUUCCUGCAGUGGAAGCUUAUUACAAUGGCCUUAAGGACCGUGAGAUACCCGAAGAUGACCCAAGAUUGCAAUUAGUUUCUCGUACUUUAAACAACCUGCACCGUAGAUUCAGAACAGGACCCGGACGACCUUAAUUGAAUCUGUGUCAUGGUUAUUUUUGUUUUACCCAGUAAUGUUGGCAUAUUGAAGUAGGAACUUGAGGCAGAAUCUUCUUUGCAGUAAUGGCUAAAGAUCAAUGAAUUAGUUCCAUAAAAGAAGAGAUGGACGAGUUUGGCAUGAGGCAUGCAUUGGGUGGUUUUAUAUUGUAACUGAAAGUUGUUUUGUUAGUUAAUUCAGUUUAGAUUUUUUCUUUUUCCCAGAACAAAAGAGAUAAUAUAUUAUUGCAUUAUUAUAUAAAUUAAUAAAAAGGGCAGGUUCUGAUAA